CGACUAAUUGGUUCGUUCGGACAAAAUUUAGCGCUUAUUGAAGGGCAUGGACCAAAAGUUAUCUCCAUUGUAGAUAUCCUUCUCCGCCCAAUCAUAAUAUCAACUACCAUGUUAUCCUUGACAAAUGCAAUAGAGUUACAUAUAGGAUUGAGACAUUAUUAGGGAGUUGGAAGAGGAUAAAAUGAUCGUUCAUCUUAUAAAAAAGAUCCAUUACCAUAAGAGAAUCAAAUUUGAGAUAAACAUAUGUGUACCACAUUCUUAGUGUGAAAAUUUUGAAGUUCCUUUAAUGAGGUCAAAACUAUAUCUUUUAUACUAUUAGAAAACACACACUAUUGAAAUCACGAUGUUACUUGAACCAGUCAUUUGAUUAACAUAAAUUGGAAUUGGGUUGGUGGUUAGUUUCUAAUUUCACAAAAUUAGAAACCAUGGAAGCCCGUGCUGCUUUCAUCUUUGGUAUCAGGAUCCUGCCAAAGGCCAAAGGCCCAAAGAAAGACACACGAGGAACCUCUGAAUUUUUACAAAAGUACCCAGCCCAAUAGGCCCGGCCCAUCAGCAACAAGGAAAUCGACAAUUAGUCUUCCAACCUGCCAAGUGCCAAUAAUGCACACGCGUGGAGCGACCGCCGCAGCAUUUGACUCGGACAUUAAAAAUGCUCCACUCACUGCUCACUGAGUCAACUCAGUACCAAAAGAAAAAGAGAAAAAGGAAAAAUAAAUGCCCCAUGUUUUACUCUGCCGUUCCCAAAACCGAUCCUACUCUUUCUUUUCCCCUUUCCCAUUUCACAUUUUCCAGUCUGGUGGUUCGGUUGACUGACUCUUUCCCAUUUCCCAUUUCCAUUACUCUGCACAACCGAAACCCUAGCUCGCUUCAAAUUCGCUGCUGCUUCGCAACUCUCAGCUCAUCCGUCACUGUUAUGGCGGCAUCGGCCCUCUCGCUGUGGAGUCUCUUCUUCGCAGCGCUCGCUCUCCCCGCGGCGUUCGGCAAUUCGGAAGGGGAUGCACUGUACACGCUGCGGAGGAGCUUGUCCGAUCCGGAUAACGUCCUCCAGAGCUGGGAUCCCACCCUCGUCAACCCUUGCACCUGGUUCCACAUCACCUGCAACCAGGACAACCGCGUCACCCGAGUGGAUUUAGGCAAUUCAAACUUGUCCGGACAUCUAGUGCCCGAACUUGGAAAGCUAGAGCAUUUGCAGUACUUGGAGCUGUACAAGAACAACUUGCAUGGGACUAUCCCUGCUGAGCUGGGUAACUUGAAGAAUCUGAUAAGCUUGGACCUGUACAACAACAACAUAACAGGGACAAUUCCUUCUCAAUUGGGAAAAUUGAAGAGUCUCGUGUUCUUACGGAUUAAUGACAACCAAUUAACUGGACCAAUUCCACGGGAGCUUGGUGGUGUUUCUAGCCUUAAAGUAGUUGACGUUUCAAACAAUGACUUGUGUGGAACUAUUCCAACAAACGGACCAUUCGAGCAUAUUCCAUUGAACAACUUUGAGCACAACCCUCGACUAGAAGGUCCAGAAUUGCUUGGACUUGCCAGUUACGACACAAAUUGCUCGUGAAGAUAAAGCUCGAUCGUGUACAACUGUAAUAUCUCAGUGGGAGGGGGUGGGGGAGAGUGCUGCUAAAUGCAGUCACCCCUAAUAUUUGUAUAUCUUAUCGUGCUGCUUAAUGUUCUUCUUGUAACCUUAGUAACUGCGAUUGCCUAUGUUCCAUCUUAUUGUGAAGUUGCAUUUGAUAGUGGCGGUGAGAGGUGGAGAGUGCUUCACUAAUUAUGUAUGCUGAUUAUGAUGUGUGUGGUUUAAUACAAUGUAAUGUAAUAUGUGGCUUGCAAAUUACGACUAAUCGGAUGGAACCUCUGUUUUGAUUGGUACCUAAAUUUUCUUUGUUUUGCAAAAAAAUGUCAUUGAUUACAAAAUUUACAUUUUGGUCCAAGACUUGGAUGACAACUCUGUCAUUACGGUGAGCUGCUUAGAACCAGGUUCUGAUAUCAAAUGAUGAAUUGAAUCUCUCAGUUUCAAAGUUUUACUUGUUACUUACAAACGAGAGAACGAUGUUGGUGUCGAUAAACUUUUUAUUUAUUGAUUGAUUGAAUUAGACUACUGCCAUAGUGAUAAUAUAGGCGUUUAAACCUA